UUUCGUCCGUGAAAGCAGACUUGUUCGCUGCCGGACUUUCUGUUUCUCAUGAAAAAUGCGGACCAAUGCAUGUAGUCAACCGGAACUGUUUCGAAGGAAGUCCCUCGUCAUGGACGGAAACGGCGAUUAUAAGCGUGAUUUGUCACCUCUCAUCGAAGAUCUACGACGCUUGGCAUGCGAAGGUGAUUCUAAUCAGGAGAGCUUCGAGACUGCGAUCAGGGAUUUCGUUGACUCGACCGACCGAAUCCAGGAAAUUCGAAGAAACAAGGAAGGGGUGUUUUCGAAGCUGUAUGAGCAGUUCAAGGAUCACGAGGUCGCUUCUGAACUCAUCAUAGAAAACGCGGAGCUUUUCGACGGCACCUUGCACCUUUUACGAGCGGAGAACGCGGAGCUCUCGACUGUUGAGGAGCGCGAAACGUUUUUGAGGGAGAAAUCCCUGUUGGAGGAAGCCAUUGAGAAAUACCAGAGGGAGAUAUCCGAUCUCGACCGUGAACGCUUGGUCCAAGAAGAGGUCAUGAAGAAAAAGCAUGUCGAUGACAAAAGUCGGCUGGAAGAGUACAAGCGGACCUUGGAGUGUCAGAUAGAAGCGUGCAUGCAAGAUUUCGAGCGACGGCAAAAUGAACUCAAGGUGAAGCAAGAUUUAGUUCUUGCUGAAAUCUCGGCGAAGUUCCGAGCUCGGCUGUCGCGGAUAGGAGAGCUCGAGGAUCACAAGGAAUGUGCAUCAGAACUGGCGUCUUGGAGAUGUAGCUGGAGGCAAGCGCUACAAGGAGAUGCGCUGUACGAUCUUUGCAUGGUACUUAAGAACAUCCUCGUAGAGAUGGCGAACUCCAAAGCCUGA